AUGAACGGCGACAGCAAGGUAAAUUCGAUAUUGAAAGAACUAAUGGUUGACUGGGAUGACCUGGCACAGGCGGACUACAACCCUUUAAAGAAUGCGCUGGAAUUAAAUGACGACAGUUCUUUGGUGGCAACCAAUUUCAGAAAUUUUUAUCACAAAAUAGAUGCUGCUAUGGCGGAGAUAAUAAAAAAUAAGUACCGGGGAUUUAAUGACUCAGUGCUGAUAUACACCGACAUAAAUAACCUCUAUUUGAAACUUAACAAACUGAUUCUGGACAUGGUUGAGAAAACUAAGGACUGUAUGCACUCUCUUGAUUUGGACAUCAGCAAAAUAGAAAAAGAAAGUAUAGAGAUAAAGAAGCAGCGGAAAAUACAGGAAUAUGCUUCGGACGUAAAUGAAUUGUACAGGACUUAUGUAAUAUAUGAGAAGAAAUUGGCGGAAGAGGACUUUGAAUUCUGCACAGAGACAAUAAUAAAGAUUUUGGAGACAGAUUUGGAUGAGGUAGAGGCCGUCAAGGAGAUGAAAUCCGUUUUUUACCACAAAAGAAAACAGUUCUUGAAUGUGUUGCACAGGAAAUUGGAUGAAUAUAUCUUUGAAGAAAAUGAAAUGAAAAACGAAAUUGAGCCUUCACAGGACAUCGAGAGCGUAAUUUUUCGAGAAAGACGGUUGUUGAGCUAUGUGGUGCAAUUGGAUGGACUGCUAGAAUUUGAUAAUCACGUGUUUUAUAAUCUUAAGUUCAACUUUUACAGGAAAGUUAACGAAAUCAUUAGUUCUGGAAUCGAGCUAGCAGAUGUUUUUCGGUGUACCAUCGAUCUUUUCUUCAACAUAAUGAAGAAAUUAUGUCAAUUCUCUCACAACCUCCAGAUGGACGAUGAGGAGAAUUUCUACGGUGAAAAAUACACGAAAUUUAGAAUAUUUUGCCUGAACGGGCAACAAAAUGUUAAAGGAGAGCUGAAAGAAGAACUAUUACGCCUUGUACACAGCUAUUCAAGAACAAAACGAGUCUUUGAUACGAAGUUUAAAGUUGAAAAUUUGAUCGAUUUCGUGAAUUACGAGGGAUUGUACGAAAACAAAUAUAAAAUCUACGAAAGGAUGGUGGUGAGAGAUGAAAACAAGUGCUUAUACGCGGAUUAUACACUUAUAAAGAAACCAUCAAUCAGCAACUUGUUUUUGUUCUAUGACGUUUUGAAGGGAAAGUUUGGGAAUUCAACCGAUGAAGAGAAGGGCCAAAAUUUGCUUUGUAAUGAUAAGGCAGAAGGAAGAUCAGCCAAGGCAGGUAGUCAUGCGGAAGACGGUAUGAAGACAUCGGAAUCACACCAAGAAGGAUCUGUUGAUCAGGAAAUUCACAAAUUAACGAGUUUAAAAGUGACAGCUAAAAAACUAAGAUCAGAAUGCAAAACAGAAUUGCUCGGUGAAAUAGCACGUUAUAUCAGGAAAAUGCUUAAAAAAGAGGACAAAAAUCUGAAGCACAGGAUUGUCCGGAUAUUGAACAAGGAAUUCUCUAUGGAAAGAGACUACAAAACGCAGCGCCUUUUUUUCUUUACACAUUUCAUUAAUUACUUUAAGCCAUUCAGUGGUCGAAUUUUGUUCCUGAAGAAUUUUCUGUGGUCUUUUGAGUACGUAACCAAGAAAUUUGAGGAUUGCUUUGCAUCAUUCUUCCGAUCGCAGGUGAUUCAUGACUCAGUCUACAAUAACGGGCAUGUAAACAGCAAUGAACAAAUAUUUGAAUGCUUUAAAAGGCAAAUAUUAGUCAAAAACAUCGUAUACGACAACUUAGCCAUUAAGAAAUCAAAUUUUGAUAAAAUAGUGUUUGCGAUCUUGAGUCUGAGGGAUCUCAUAGAUUUUUACAAAUUGAAUGUUAAGGAGCUGGAAAUAAUUAAUAAGAAUCAGAAAGCCGAGAGCAUCUUAUCGAACUUACAGGACAUUUACAAUGCAUACAACGUAUCGUUGUCUCUGGAAAUAGUUUUGAACGUUUUUUAUUUUUUUGACAAAUUUUAUCGUGACAAUGAUCGGUCGUUCGCAGAGCUGUUAAAGGUUGUAAAUGACAUAAAAAGGAGUCUAUGCUACCUGCGUGUAGAAAAGGAACAGUUUCUGUACUUUAACAUUUAUCUGUCAUCAGAAAUGAAUGUUUCUCCCUACUUUAUUUCGAUAUUUGAUGUUCUGAAUUUUUACAUCAUUAAAAAUAUCAGAAAACUGAAGGUUAGCAACGACAAUGAGCUAAAAACAUUUGUUAAUGAUCUAAAAGACGUUGAGGAGAUGCUUCAGGGAUUGAGUUUGGGACAGGUUGAAGGCUUUGAUGAGAGUUUCAGCUUCUUUGAAGAUGUGCUGAAGGACAAGUGUGCGAGUGAAGAGGCCAAACUUCUUAGAUCUAAGAUCAACUGAGAAUGUGGCGCUGCAUCGGUGUAAGUUGCAAAUAAAC